UAUUAAAUUUGAGGGAAUUAUAUUAUAAAUAUCUUUAAUAAUUAGAUGAAAAAUAAGGUGGAAAAUUUGUCAAAUUUUUUAGGGGGAAAUUCAUUAGAAAAAGCAUCUCCAGGUCCUGUUAAGGAAUUUGUUGCAGCACAUGGAGGACAUACAGUGAUUACAUCAGUUUUAAUUGCUAAUAAUGGAAUUGCAGCAGUUAAAGAGAUACGAUCUAUUAGAAAAUGGGCAUAUGAAACAUUUAAUAAUGAACGAGCAAUUCAAUUUACUGUUAUGGCAACACCAGAAGAUCUUAAAGUUAAUGCAGAUUAUAUUAAGAUGGCGGAGCAAUAUGUAGAAGUUCCAGGAGGGACUAAUAAUAAUAACUAUGCAAAUGUAGAAUUAAUUGUCGAUAUAGCAGAACGAAUGGGAGUUCAUGCGGUGUGGGCAGGAUGGGGCCAUGCUUCAGAAAAUCCUCGUUUACCAGAAAUGUUAUCACAAAGCAAAAAUAAAAUUGUAUUUAUUGGCCCAUCUGCAACUUCUAUGAGAUCUAUAGGAGAUAAAAUAUCAUCAAUUAUUAUUGCACAAUCCGCUAAUAUACCUUGUAUGUUAUGGAGCGGAAGUAAUGUAAAAAAAGUAGACGUUGACAAAGAUUCUGGGAUUAUUUCAAUUGAGGAUAGUGUUUAUCAUGAUGCGUGUAUAGAUACUCCGGAAAAAGGUCUUGAAAAAGCUCUUGAAAUAGGAUUUCCUAUCAUUAUUAAAGCAAGUAGAGGAGGUGGAGGCAAAGGAAUUCGAAAAGUUGAAGAUAAAUCAGAAUUUAAAUCAUCAUUUUUACAAGUAAUGGCAGAAGUUCCUGGCUCACCUAUCUUUAUUAUGAAAUUGGCAGAAAAUGCAAGACAUUUAGAAGUACAAAUUUUAGCAGAUCAAUAUGGAAACAUUAUUUCAUUAUUUGGUAGAGAUUGUUCUGUACAAAGAAGACAUCAAAAGAUUAUAGAAGAGGCACCAGUAACAAUUGCAAAGCCAUAUACAUUUUCUUCUAUGGAAAAAGCUGCUAUAACCUUAGGGAAAAUAGUUGGUUAUGUUUCAGCAGGAACAGUAGAAUAUUUAUACAGCCAUACAGAUGAUAAAUUUUAUUUUCUAGAGCUUAAUCCUAGAUUGCAAGUAGAACAUCCUACAACAGAAAUGAUAACAGGUGUAAAUCUUCCUGCUGCACAACUACAAAUUGCAAUGGGUUUAUCAUUACAUAAGAUUAAAGAUAUAAGAUUAUUUUAUGGUCUUGAUCCUUGGACAACUACAGAAAUUGAUUUUCAUUUUUCUAGUACUAAAUCAUUAAAAACACAACGAAGGCCUCAACCCAAAGGUCAUACAAUUGCAUGUCGUAUUACUUCUGAAGAUCCGGGAGAAGACUUUAAACCAUCUAGUGGAAUGAUGCAUGAACUUAUUUUUCGCUCAUCUUCAAAUGCAUGGGGAUAUUUUAGUGUUGCUGCUCCAGGUGGUAUUCAUAAUUAUAGUGAUUCUCAGUUUGGGCAUAUUUUUGCAUUUGGUGAAAACCGUACUGAAUCCAGAAAACAUAUGGUAAUAGCACUUAAAGAAUUGAGCAUUAGAGGGGAUUUUCGUACAACAGUAGAAUAUUUAAUUAAAUUGCUUGAAACAUAUGAUUUUGAACAAAACACAAUAACCACAGAAUGGUUAGAUACACUUAUUCUUCAAAAACUUACAUUAGAACGUCCAGAUAAAAUGGUUGCAAUUGUCUGCGGGGCAGUUAUCAAAGCAUAUGUAGCAAAUAAAGAACGGAUUUUAGAGUAUAAAACAUGUCUUGAAAAAGGUCAAGUUCUAAAUCGUGAAACAUUAAAAACAGUAUUUGCAGUAGAUUUUAUUUAUCUAAAGGAGAAAUUCAAAUUUACUGUAACACGUAGUUCAUGUGAUUCAUACAAUUUAUUUAUCAAUGGCUCGAAAUGUACAGUUGAGACAAGACGUCUUAGUGGUGGUGGUCUUUUGAUACUUCUGGGUGGAAAAUCUCAUACAGUAUAUUGGUCAGAUAAUAAAACAAGUACAACAAUGAGUAUUAAUGGGAAAACAUGUGUAUUAGAACAAGAGAAUGAUCCUACACAAUUAAGGACCCCAUCCCCAGGAAGGCUUAUAAAAUAUCUAGUAGGGAAUGGAGAACAUGUAAAAAAAGGACAAGUAUUUGCAGAAAUCGAAGUUAUGAAAAUGUAUUUAUCACUUACUGUUGCAGAAGAUGGAAUAGUACAAUUAAUAAAACAGCCAGGAGCUACUUUAGAGACAGGCGAUAUCCUUGGGAUUUUAACAAUGGAUGAUCCAUCUCGUAUAAAGCAUGCUAAGCCUUUUGAAGAUUCAUUACCAUCAUGGGGAUUGCCACAAGUCAUUGGAAAUAAGCCUCCUCAAAGAUUUAUUCAGUUAGUUAGGAUUUUAAGAAAUAUAUUACAAGGCUAUGAUAACCAAUUGUUGAUUAUUUCUACUUUAAAAGAAUUGAUAGAAGUAUUGGAAGAUCCGGAAUUACCUUAUGGAGAAUGGCAUUUUCAAUUUUCUGCAUUAUCAUCUAAUAUUCCAGCAGAAUUAGGCGAACAACUUAUAGACAUUGUUAAAAAGAGUUAUUCAAGACAUAAAGAAUUCCCUGGAAGAAAAAUAUUACGCAAAUUUGAUUUAUUUGUUAAAAAAAACAUACUAUCCAAUAAUAUAGAGACAUUAAACAUGAAAUUAAAUGAUCUUUUACAAAUUGCAUUAAAAUACAAAGAUGGAAUGAAAGUUCAUAAAUAUUCAGUAUUUUCAAAUCUUUUGGAAGAAUAUUGGAAAAUAGAAAGUCUUUUUAAUUUACAAAAUAUCAGAGAAGAGGAUGUUAUUUUACGAUUAAGAGAUGAAAAUAAAGAUAAUGUAGAUAAAGUGCUUGAAAUAGUACUAUCACAUUCAAAGGUGAACGCAAAGAAUGAUUUAAUUUCUGCGAUAUUAGAUAUUAUUAAGACAUAUCCAUCAGAGGAUAUUUCAAAAUAUUUAGGGUCGUCUUUACGAAAACUUAUUGACUUGGAGUCUAGAGAUACAGUUAAAGUAUCUUUAAAGGCACGAGAAAUUUUAAUUCAAUGUUCACUCCCAUCUUUUAGUGAAAGAAUUUCUCAGAUGAAACAAAUUCUUCAAUCAUCUAUAGAGGAAAAGCUAGAUGAUAAUCAAUUGAGAUAUAGAACUCCUGUUCUUGACAUUCUAAGGGAAUUAAUUGAUUCAAAAUAUGCUGUUUUUGAUGUCUUAACAUUUUUUUUUGCACAUAAAAACCCAUGGAUAUCAUUAGCUGCACUUGAAGUUUAUGUUCGUCGAGCAUAUAGAGCAUACUCACUUUUAAGCUUAGAAUAUCAUGUUGAAUCAGAUGGACCAUUUAUGCUUUCAUGGAAAUUUCAGUUAAGAUCAUCUACUACUCAAGGAAUUAAUACAUCUACAGCUGCUCAAUUGCCAUCAAUAUUUACAGAAUUUACAGAAAACAAAAAACUCAAAAGAGUUGCAUCUAUUAGUGAUAUGUCACUUGUAAUAUCUAACUCAAAACCUCCAAGGGCAGGAGUAAUUAUGCCUACAGAAACAUUAGGUCAGAUAAAUGAUCAACUUUCACGAGCUUUAAAAAAACUACCCAUUGAUAAAGAAACUACAGAUGAAUAUGAACAAGGUAUUGAGAUUGACUCCUCUCACGAAUUAAAAAAUUCAACUCCAAAGAAGCAACUUAUUCAUGUUCUUAAUGUUUUAAUUCGUAACAUAGAAAAUUUGGAUGACAAAGCGAUAAUUGAUCAUUUAUGCCCAAUUGUUAAAGAUCAUACACCAUUACUUCUUAAUCAUAAUGUAAGACGUAUUACUUUUGUUUGUGGUCGUCAGAAUGAGUCAUCAUAUCCUUUAUAUUAUACUUUUCGAAAAUUAGAUGGCCUUUCUAACGAAACUGAGGAUGUAUAUGUAGAAGAUAAGAGUAUACGGCAUAUAGAGCCGGCCUUGGCAUUUCAAUUAGAGCUUGGAAGAUUAUCAAAUUUCCAUAUUGAACCUGUUUUUACAAGAAAUAGAAAUAUUCAUAUAUAUAGAGCUGUGGCUAAAGAAUCACCAGGAGAUAAGCGAUUUUUUAUUCGUGCGCUAGUUAGACCAGGGAAGUUAACAAAUGAGAUCCCAACAAGUGAAUAUUUAAUAUCUGAGACGAAUCAUUUAGUAGGCGAUAUUUUGGAUGCACUAGAAAUAAUUGGAAUAGAAUAUACUGAUUUAAACCACAUUUUUAUUAAUUUCGUUCCUAUUUUUAAUCUAGCACCAGACGAAGUUGGACCAACAUUAGGAGGAUUUAUUGAACGAUUUGGGCGACGUUUAUGGAGAUUGAGAAUAACUUCUGCAGAAAUACGAAUUAUAUGUACCGAUUCUUUGACUGGACUGGCUUCUCCACUGCGAAUUAUUAUUUCAAAUGUAUCUGGUUUUGUUGUAUGUUUCGAACUUUAUACAGAAGUAAAAACUAGCAAAGGUCAUCAUAUUUUUCAAUCUAUUGGUCCACCUGGAUCUAUGCAUCUUCGUUCUAUUACAACUCCAUAUGCAACUAAAGAAUGGCUUCAACCAAAAAGAUACAAAGCACACCUUAUAGGCACAACAUAUGUAUAUGAUUUUCCUGAAAUUUUCCGCCAAGCUGUACGAAUAUCUUGGCAAAAAUACAUUCAAAUCAACAGUAAUUGUAGAAUUCCUGAUGAUAUUCUAGAAGUUAAAGAGCUAGUGAUGGAUGAUAAAUUUCAACUUCAAGAAGUUAUUAGAGAACCUGGAACAAAUUCUAUAGGAAUGGUAUCUUGGCUUGUUACAGCAAAAACUCCAGAAUAUCCACAAGGACGUCAAUUUAUUCUUAUUGCUAAUGAUAUUACAUUUAGAACAGGCACUUUUGGACCAGAUGAAGAUCAAUAUUUCUUUAAAGCUACUCUUUUAGCUCGCCAAUUGAGAAUUCCACGAAUAUAUUUAUCUGCUAAUUCUGGCGCACGUAUUGGGCUUUCAGAAGAGCUUAUAUCUCUUUUUUCUGUAGCAUGGAAUGAUCCAAAAAAUCCAGAAAAAGGAUUUAAAUAUUUAUACUUUACACCAGAAGUAUACAAACAAUUUGAAGAAAAUAAUAGAGAAGAUUUUAUUUCAGAAAAAAUUAUAGAAAAUGGAGAAGAAAGAUAUAAAAUUACAGCUAUAAUUGGUUCAGAAGAAGCAUUAGGAGUUGAGUGUUUAAGAGGAGCGGGACUCAUUGCUGGAGAAACUUCUCGUACUUAUGAAGAUAUCUUUACUAUAACUUUAGUUACAUGUAGAUCUGUAGGCAUUGGUGCAUAUCUUGUUCGAUUAGGCCAACGCACAAUUCAAGUGGAAGGCCAUCCUAUUAUCUUAACAGGAAUAUCUACGAUCAAUAAAUUAUUAGGCUGUGAAGUCUAUUCAUCAAAUUUACAGCUAGGUGGUACCCAAAUUAUGUAUAAAAAUGGGAUAUCCCAUUUAACAGCAAAAAAUGAUUUUAAUGGGAUUUCUAAAAUAAUGAAUUGGCUAUCAUAUGUUCCAGAUAAAAAAGAUAAUCCUGUCCCAGUAUUACCAUCUUUAGAUUCAUGGGAUCGAGAUGUAGAAUAUGUUCCACUUGAAGGUGCUUAUGAUGUUCGAUGGCUUAUUGAAGGAAAAGAAGAUGAUAAUUGUUUUCUUAGCGGGCUUUUUGAUAGAAAAUCAUUCCAUGAAACUUUAAGUGGAUGGGCUAAAACAGUUGUUGUUGGACGUGCAAGAUUAGGUGGAAUUCCUAUAGGUAUUAUUGCAGUAGAAGUUCGUUCUAUAGAAAAUACUUUGCCUGCUGAUCCAGCUAAUCCUGAAUCUUAUGAACAAAACAUUAUAGAAGCAGGAAAUGUUUGGUAUCCAAACUCAGCAUUUAAAACAGCACAAGCAAUUAAUGAUUUUAAUUACGGAGAACAGCUUCCUCUUUUUAUUUUAGCAAAUUGGAGAGGAUUUUCUGGUGGUCAAAGAGAUAUGUUUAAUGAAGUAUUAAAAUAUGGAUCAUAUAUUGUAGAUUCUCUUUCAAAAUACAAGCAACCAAUAUUCAUUUACAUACCUCCAUAUUGUGAACUAAGGGGAGGAUCGUGGGUUGUCAUUGAUUCUACUGUUAAUGAAGAUAUGAUGGAGAUGUACGCAGAUGAAAAGUCCCGUGCUGGUAUUUUAGAACCAGAAGGACUUGUUGAAAUAAAAUUCCGUAAAGAAAAAUUAUUAGGAUGUAUGUCUCGUUUAGAUCCUAUUUAUUCUUCAUUAAAAAAACAAUUGCAAAAUCCUAAUUUAUCUCAAGAUCAAUUAACUGAAAUAAAAAUUAAAAUAGAUGAACGAGAAAAACUACUUCUUCCUAUUUAUCAUCAAAUAAGUAUUGAAUAUGCAGAUUUACAUGAUCAUCCUGUCAGAAUGGAACGUAAAGGCGCAAUUAGACAGUGCUUACAAUGGUCUCAAUCCCGACGAUUUUUCUAUUGGAGACUGCGUAGACGUUUAAAUGAACAUUAUACAAUACAAAAGAUAAAAAAUGUUAAUAAGAAAUUCUCUUAUCGGCAAAGCGUUGAAAUUUUAAAAAGAUGGAUAUCUCAACUUUGCAAUAAUGAUCUUAAUUGGGAUAACAAUGAUAGAGAAAUUGUUUUACUUCUUGAGAAAAAUGAGAAAUAUAUAGAAUCUUUAAUUAAAGAACUUGAAAAAACAACAAUAUCUGACAAAAUUGUAGAUAUGGCUAAAGUUAAUAAAGCAAGUGUCCUAAAUGGAUUUUCUAGAGUUUUAGAUGAAAUGUCAGGCCAAGAAAUAAAUGAAAUUAUUAAAAUGCUUACCGAACGAAAAAUUAUUAAAUAAUUCUUGAUCAAUUGCUUAUCCAUUAAGAAAAACUGCCUUUAACCG